AUGUCGACUAAGACCACACUCACCGUUUUCACCUCUGCGUCUUCCAUAUGUAAAAUACCAGAGAGGUUCAACACAUGGCUUGGUGAGGUGCAAGUUGAUCCGAAUGUUCGUCGGACACUGCCGGACCAGAUCACAGAUAUGGUCGACGAAAGUCUGCAUCUGCCCGCUUGGCUCUUUGACCCAAAUAGCCACUACUAUCAAACGUUUGAAUCGGUCUACCCUGGGCGACUCCAUCGCUGGAACUUGAGACGCCCAGCUACGAACAGCGAGCCACAGAACGAGUCUACUUCGAAGGACUUAGUUCACGCGCUUCAUCACAUCUUAUACGUUCAGGAUCGCCACGCCGUGCUAUCCGGUUCUGAAUGCCAUAAGAAGAUCCAUAGCGAAUCCGACCUCCGUCAGCCACUGGAUCGUCUAGCGGCCCAUGUCUGGUGCACAGAGGUUGGAACGAGGGAUGGGUUCUGUUUUCGUUCGGAGUGCACAGUCAAACUACCCAACACAAAUAUUGUCCGCAUAGCCGACUCGACCGUAGACUCGAUAUUGUUUCUUUUCAACCCUAAUCCACAAAACUCCGGUAGCUUCAAAGUAAUACCAACCCCUGUCCGAGCUGGUCUGACUUGCACAACGGACAUGGUCGAUACCCUGGAGCUUGUUCAUUGGGUCACUGAAUAUAAAAAAUCUGAUUUAGCGGCGGUUCAGCGACAAGUGUACUAUGGCAUGGUCUCUAGUCUCUGGCAGCGCCGAGCACUGGGUCGCAUGGAAGACUUCGUUUUUGGAGCGGCGCAUAACGAACAAGACCUCAUGGUCUAUGCUGCUCGAUGGGAGAUGAUACCCGUGGAACAAUCAGGCGAAAUUGCUCGGGACAUCAAUCAUCCCGACACGCCAGCAGAGGGCCCGUCUAAUUUUGCUACAACUCAACCCCGGCAGAGAACAUCCACAGACGUUUCGCUUCGUCUACAGAGCAAGGAGACAUCAAACUCAGGGCUGGCGGGAGAAUCACUUGUCAAGAGAGAAUACAAGGCACUUGAACUACUUUUAUUUCAUAUUUAUUCCCAGAUUGUGGUAUACGAGAUUGCCACAUAUCAGACCGUUAACUUGAACCACAUGAUCCAAUUCUAUCUUUUAAUGCGAGCAUCGCGUCACUUGGCCAGGCAGUAUCAAGAAGAAAUUCUCCGGACCCCUUUCAUCGAUAUCAAAGAGAUGGCCGAGGAACAAGGACUUUACAAUUGGUUUUCCCCACCGCGUCGCAAGGAUACUACCAAGAGCCACUCGGGCUUAGGGAGUAUCCACGAAGAGCCAGGUCCUUCGGGUGCCCAAGAGGCGAUACUUGUAGCAGACCCACAGGAUGAAGCUGAAUGGAGAGCUGAAUGGGAUCUGGACCGGCGAAGGGCAAUAGAAAUAUGCGGCGAUGGGUCAUUGAAGGGCCUAAAGGAUAAUACAUCCGGUGGAACGGAAGCCGACUGGAACGAUAGGAUGUCUAGUUACCUUAGUAGCCUGUACUAA